AUGGGCCCAGAUUUCAAAUUCAGCCUUGGAAUGGACUUUUCAUCACUACUACAGUUCAAAGAUGCUCUACAUGAUCACUUUGUUACUAAUGGCAGAGAAUUCAAAUACAUGAAAAAUGAUAGCAUAAGGUGUAGGGUAAAGUGCAGAAGUGAGAGUUGUCCAUUUGUCAUCUUAUGCAGCAAGGUUGGCAAUAAAGAGACUUUCAGAAUCAAAACUCUAGUUGGAGAGCACAAUUGUGCAAGAGUGUUUGAUAAUAAGUCAGCUAAUGUGAGGUGGGUGAAGCUGAAGCUGUUGAAUAAAGUGAGUACAAUGAAUAAAAUCAGCACAAAUGAAAUAGUAGAUGACUUCAGAGUUAACCAUGGCACUGGUAUAACCAGAUACAGAGCAUGGAAGGGUAAGCAGCUGGCAAUUGAAGAGGUUGAGGGAGCCAUUGAAAUGCAGUAUACCCUUCUAUGGAGAUUUAGCAAUGAAUUGCGGAAGAGAGCUGCAGGAAACACAUGCAAAAUUAAUUUUGAAUCACCAAGAAGCACUUUGUUUCCUAGAUUCAGCAGAUUUUACAUGUGCUUGGAUUGUUGUAAGAGAGGGUUUCUAGCUGGGUGUAGGCCAUUCAUUGGCUUGGAUGGAUGUCAUCUGAAGACUAAACAUAGAGGAAUCUUGUUGGCUGCAGUUGCUAGAGAUGCCAAUGAGCAGUACUUCCCACUAGCCUUUGCUGUGGUUGAGUCUGAAACAAAAGAUAGUUGGAUGUGGUUUAUGGAGUUGUUGAUGGAUGACAUUGACCCUGAAAGAUCAAGAAGAUGGGUCUUUAUCUCAGAUCAACAAAAGGGUUUGAUGGAGGUUUUCAAAGAAGAUAUGCUACAUGGUUGUGAACAUAGACUAUGUGUGAGACAUCUCUAUGCAAAUAUGAAAACUAAAUUUGGAGGUGGUGUGCUUCUAAGAGAUCUGAUGAUGGGUGCUGCCAAGGCUACAUAUGAAGCUGCCUGA